AUGGCGUUUCCUAAAUUCAAUGCUGACCAGGAAAUGUCCUUGAAAGGGUUCAAUCUCUAUGGACCUUCUUUGGAGUCGAAGUUCGAUGAACUAAAAUUUGAAAUACUCCACAAAAUCGACAAAGAGGUAACAGAUUCGAAAAACGCAAGAGAUUACAUCUCACAAAAAUAUGAUGAGCUCUGUAAUAAAAUACAAUAUCUUACCGAAUUGGACGCUACCGUAUCUGGUUUUAGGAGCGACGUGAAAGCCAUUGAGAAACAAAUUAUGGAGCUGGCAUCUCGAGUUGAUAGUAUUGAGAAGAAAACCAUCAGUAAGGAAUGUCCAUCGCUUACACCAUCCAUGUUAGGUGUUGCUAAAUAA